AACAGUCUUGCUAAUCAGCAGUUCAACUUAAACUGUAAUGGACGUCAAGUAACCCAACUGUCUAGACAUGACUCGCGAAAUUUCGCUAGUUUUCUUUUGUCAUAGUUUUAUUCUCUACUGCUUUGUUAUCCGAAUACUUGCACAAACAAGGUAAAAUAAUGAUUUUAAUUUUUUUCAAUAUUUGUUUGUAGUCACUUUUUGUGUACAUGCUUUUUUCACAGGCUGGAGCCAGAAAAGCUGCUAUUGAAUCAGGUAAGUUUUAUGGAUACUACUCUCUAUAAAGUAAUAAUAGCAAUAAUAAUAAUAAUUAUAAUACGGAUAGCUCAGUCACUAUACAAAACUCAGCAUGACAAAAUGCUCCGCCCUGUCUAUCAUUUUCCUCUUGGAAAAUAUGGAUUCGAUGAAUCUGAUUAUUCUUCUCCAUGGUACAUGCAAUCUCAUCCACAACCAAGCUAAGAAAACAACGAAGCAAAUAUAUUAUGGGACAUACCAUAGCAACUUGAAAAAUGUCCUAAGGCCGGUGCAAACAAGCCAGAUAUCAGUAUACUAGACAAUUAGAACAAAGAAUUGUCUCUAGUGGAAGGUACGAUAUGUAUUCCAGGAACAAUUGCUGAAAGAACCAAGUACAAACAGAACAAGUAUGUAGACCUUAGAUUGGGGAUAAAGAACUUGUAUCCAGGUUACAAAUUGAAGCUUAUCACCAUAGUAUUUGACUAUCACCAUAGUAAUUGACUAUCUUGGUGCAUACUAAAAAGACCUAGAUAAAGAACUGAAUAUGUUAUUUGGGCCGAAAGUAGCAAGGCUAACAAUUGAACGUUCCCAGAAAUGGGUUAUUUCACAGAACUGUGAAAUUUUAAGGAGAUCUUCAUGCGUGUAACUAUGUAAAUGCAUGAAUAUAGUGGUAUAAUAGUUGAAAGAACAGAUUUUAGCUUUAUAUACUGAGCCUCUCAAGUACAUGAACAAUGAUAAUUUUUAGUUUAUUUAUCUCAUUCAAGGGUGUAUUUUUUGUUACUUUCCAUUAUUUUAGACAUAUAAAUUUAUACAAUGUGUACAUAUAUGUAUAUAUUUUAUAUUCUAGUCCACAUUGCCUAGGCUGUGCCUGCAAUAAUAUUGAUAUCUACAUUGAAUUAUUUUACCAAUAAAGUUUACCAUAAUAAUGAUAAUGAUAAUGAUAAUGAUAAUGACAAUAGAGAUGACAAUAAUAGAAAAUUCCAUUUUUUUGUCAUCUGUUGAGUAAAAUACAUAGUCUAAAAUUUUUGGAAUCUAAACUUAUCAUUAUAACCUAAACUUAUAAUAUGGUAUUAGUGAUAAUGGUAGUAAUAAUCAUGGUAAUUAUAAUGAUAAUAAUGAUAAUAAUUAUGCUAGUGAUAAUGAUAAUUGUGAUAUAAUUUCAUGAAAAGUUAUUUUACCUAAGAUUACUGUACCUCCCUACUUGUUACAAUUUUUUUAUCUGAUGAUUUGCAAUGCAAAACAUUGGAGAAGACCUAAUGCACUUUUAAAAAGAACUACUUGUAUCUGUAGGAAGAAAACCUCUCAAACCACCGGUCUUUGGGGAAAUUUGUGCAAUCUUAGCAAGAAUAUAAAGACAUUUUCAAACACAGGAAAAUCUAUCUUUUACCAAAUGCAUUCCUUUUGUAAAAUCAUACUGUUAUGUGUCUAAUCAAUUCUAAGUGUGCUGGCCAUAUAAAUUUCAAGCUCAAUAAUGAAUCCUCUAGUACUAGGGCCACUGUAAAAUGCUGCAUCGCAUCCUUGCAAAAUUCCCAAAACUUUUGAGGUAAUAAGUUGAUCCUUUCUCCUCCAUGAUUUUGUCUGUGACUGUGUUCUAUUCUUCAGGUUCUGCAUCAUAGAAAGACGGUCGUAUACCACUUAGUGCAACUGAAACCAAGCAAAAGUUAUGAGUUGCGAGUGUCAUACCCUUCUACGGUACUAUGCUUUGAAUUAUUUUGUUUUAUGCGAAAUUCAUGGUGGGCUUGUGGUGAGUGUCACUCUUCUGAUCACAAGAUCCAGCUUCAAGCUGCAGAUGAAUCAAAGUGUUAUGUUUGUGAGUAAGACAUUUAGCUACCACAUUUCCUCUUGUUGACCAUGGAUAUAAAUGAGUAUCACAAAACUCUUAGGGUAACAAAUGAAAUGCGAGGGGGAGGGCUUAACACUGCAAUGAACUAGCAUACCAUUUAGGGGGAAUUGUAAAAAUAGUAGUAAUACUCCUAGUGUUAACCCUUUAUACCCUAACAUCAGUAUCAAUAUUCUCUAUACUCUUCUCUAUACAAUUCCUUUGAUACUGAAAAGGAGAAUCCAUUUAACAAUCACAGCUUUUGAGGUUGGUGAUCUUUUUCUUUAUUCUCAUGAUCUUAAUGUUUAAUUCAGCAGUAUUACAGUAAGGAGAAAUUAGAUGCUGGUCACUCUUAGGAGUUAACAGUUAAUAUCACUGAAAGCAAGUUAAUCCUACAAGUAGUAAUGGUGUUCUAGUUUGUAUGUUGAAGCAGUACUUUCUAUUGGUGAGAACUAAAAUCAAAAAAGAAAUGGCAAUCCAAACUUUAUACUGUCUUUGAUUUGCACUUCUUUUCUAUUUUUCAUGCCAGACAUAUACUCUCUCCCUCCCCAUCUUUUUUAAGUCCUUGUUGGCCUUUUGAGGGACUUUCCUUUAAAGCAAGUUUCAUUAAAGGGUGAAAAAUGGACUUCAAUGAUUCAUCACCUCACUAUUUACAGUGAAUCAACAGCAGCUACACAAACUGCCCACCACAGCUACUUUGUUAAUUCAUCUUGAUGAUUUUAUCCUACCCCUUACUCCCCCACCCCUCCCCUCCCAACAAAAGUGUGCUUCGACACAAAUUCCAACCAUUUUUAGUAGUCAGAUGCUGAGUAAGUUAACCCGUGUGAAAUUGAAUUAUUUGCCCUCCCCAAAGAAUUUCUCAAGAUAUCUCAUAGCAUUUGCCAUGUCCUUUUUUUGUCAGACCCCAACAGAUUUUCAUAUCCAGCUGAUUCCUCACAAAGCUCUACAGGCUAGUAAAACAAGGAAACUCCUUAAUAUUGAAAAACUGGUUUUCAGUAAUGAGUUAAAGGUAUCAGUUUUACUUAUAUUAAAUAGUUUGUAAUUUUUUUUGUGUAUAGUUGUGGAUAUAUCUUCCUUAAGUUCCAAAUCUAGCUGAAGUAGAGGGUAUGAAUAUUGGGAUAUUCUAUCUUUCACAAACUUCUGUGCUAGUACCUGGUCAUUUACUCUGAACACUCUUCUAAAAGAUGUGUAUUGCAAGUAAUUUUUAUUGUCUAAAGUUAUAUUUAAAAACACAAUUUUUCUUUGAUAAUGUUGAAUUAUGUACACUAGAUCACUGAAAUUUUUUCCAGAGAUUUGGUAGUCAUGUGGUUAUGGGCUGGACUCCUCAUUGAAAGGUUGUCAUGCGAUCUAAGUUGGUAUCUGCCGGUUGGUAUCCUGUCCUUGAGCAAGACACUGUAUCACACAGUGCCUCUCUCCACUCAGGAGUUCAGCUGGGUGCUGGUUAACUGUCAAAGAAACCUUACCAAAUGCUUGGGGUGGGAUAACCUUGUCAUGGACCAGAAACCCUUCUAGGGUGGUGGGGAAGUAGGAAAAUUUUUAGUCAUUUAUUGUAGCUAUGAAAACCAACUUGAGGGUUUUGAUAUGUGUUGUUCUUCAUGUUGGGCAGCCUACAUAGAUUUUAACGAAAGAUAAUUUUUACUGAACUUUCAGGAACAAUAUGCAAAUGUCACAGCAGUCAGAACUGGAAUUCCUUACAAUCCUGCAAGUUUAGCUGAACCUGUAGUUUACAAUAUAGGCAAGCAGACAUUUCUAACUUUUCAUCAUUCACUGAUCACAGUAUUACUGAAAAAAUUGCAUGAAAAGCUAAUUACCUCUUCCUGCUAUUAGUGAUGAAGAGGGAUCCUCGAUUAGCAGAGUUUAACAUUUUGUUGCUUUUAUUUGUAGUUAAAUUACUUUGCCAGGGACUUAUGAAUUCUUGAAGAUCUCUUUUCUUAACUUUCUUGUGAUUUUUUAUUCAAUAUGUUUGUGACAAAUUGUCACAAAAGGAACCCAAGAAAUUAUUUGAUUGUUCCAGUUGUUUCUUUAUCCUCCUUCUCACCUGGGGGUUUUAGUUAAGCCACCAGGGGUUCCUUCUUCCCUCAUUAAAGAUGUCCAAACAGAUUCACUGUCUUUUUUGUUUACUGUGUUGUGCAAGACUGGUGUAAAUUUAUAUUAAUACAUUAACUGUCAUGUUUAUUUUCCUUCAGUGCUUGAAGAGCUCUUAUUGGGAAUUCCUUGGCAUACAUGGAGGCUUGGUGUUCUUGUUCUUCUUAUUGUGUAUAUAACUUUCAAAUAUCUUGUUCCCCACUUCCUAAUGUAUAUUGAAGAAAAUGUAAGAAUAUAUGGCAAAAGAUAA